UCACGAGGUUCUUCUCUUAGCGGGUCGGAGCGUGGCUCGGAUGGACUGGUGAAAUUUCCACACAUUUUUCUCUAAGUCAUCCGUUUCCGAGGUUUAGUAGAACGCCACCGACAUGCCGGCGUAUUUCCAGCGGCCAGAGAAUGCUCUCAAACGAGCGAACGAAUUUCUCGAGGUUGGCAAGAAGCAGCCAGCCUUGGAUGUUUUGUACGAUGUCAUCAAAAGCAAGAAACAUCGGACAUGGCAGAAGAUCCACGAGCCCAUUAUGCUCAAGUACCUGGAGCUCUGCGUGGAUCUGCGCAAGAGCCACCUGGCCAAGGAGGGUCUCUACCAGUACAAGAACAUCUGCCAGCAGGUCAACAUCAAAUCACUGGAGGAUGUGGUGAGGGCUUACCUGAAGCUGGCAGAGGAGAAGACGGAGACGGCCAAGGAGGAGUCCCAGCAGAUGGUCCUGGACAUCGAGGAUCUGGACAACAUCCAGACUCCAGAGAGUGUGCUCCUGAGUGCUGUGAGUGGAGAGGACACUCAGGACCGAACUGAUCGCCUGCUGCUCACUCCCUGGGUCAAGUUCCUGUGGGAGUCGUACCGUCAGUGCCUGGACCUGCUGAGAAACAACUCUAAAGUGGAGCGUCUUUAUCAUGACAUCGCCCAGCAAGCCUUCAAGUUCUGCCUGCAGUACACCCGGAAAGCAGAAUUCCGUAAGCUGUGCGACAACCUGCGCAUGCAUCUGGGUCAGAUCCAGCGCCACCACAACCAGAGCACAGCCAUCAACCUGAACAACCCUGAGAGUCAGUCCAUGCAUCUGGAGACGCGUCUGGUGCAGCUGGACAGCGCCAUCAGCAUGGAGCUCUGGCAGGAAGCCUUUAAGGCUGUAGAGGACAUCCAUGGCCUCUUUGCUCUCUCCAAGAAGCCUCCCAAACCCCAGCUGAUGGCCAACUACUACAACAAGGUGUCCACUGUGUUCUGGAAGUCUGGAAAUGCUCUCUUCCACUCCUGCACCCUCCACCGCCUCUAUCACCUCUCCAGGGAGAUGCGAAAGAAUCUGACUCAAGAAGAAAUGCAGAGGAUGUCCACCAGAGUCCUCUUGGCAACGCUGUCUAUUCCCAUCACCCCCGAGCGUACCGACAUCGCUCGGCUGCUCGAUAUGGACGGCAUCAUUGUGGAGAAACACCGCAGGCUGGCUACCCUCCUGGGCCUGCAGUCCCCACCCACCCGCCAGAGUCUCAUCAAUGAUAUGGUGAGAUUCAACUUGCUGCAGUAUGUGGUGCCUGAAGUGAAGGAGCUGUACAACUGGCUGGAGGUGGACUUUCAUCCUCUGAAGCUGAGUGGAAGAGUGACCAAGGUGUUGAACUGGGUGAGAGAUCAAGCUGAGAAAGAGCCUGAUCUGCAGCAGUAUGUGCCACACCUGCAGAAUAACACCAUCCUGAGGCUCCUGCAGCAGGUUGCACAGAUCUAUCAGAGCAUCGAGUUCAGCCGCCUGGCCUCCCUGGUGCCGUUUGUGGACGCCUUUCAGCUGGAGCGCUCCAUUGUGGAUGCAGCUCGACACUGUGACCUGCAAGUCCGGAUCGACCACAGCUCCCGCACUCUGAGCUUCGGCUCAGACCUGAACUACUCCACCAAAGAGGAUGCUCCCGUCGGUCCUUUCCUGCAGAACAUGCCGUCGGAGCAGAUCAGGAACCAGCUGACUGCCAUGUCCGCCUCUCUGGCUAAAGCCAUCCACAUCAUCAAGCCAGCUUCCAUCUUGCAAGAACGCGAAGAACAGAACCAGCAGGCCAUCGCUGCCUACCUGAAGAACGCCCGCAAGGAUCACCAGCGCAUCCUGGCCCGCAGGCAGACCAUCGAAGAGCGCAAGGAGCGCCUGGAGAGCCUGAACAUCCAGCGCGAGAAGGAGGAGCUGGAGCAGCGCGAGGCCGAGAUGCAGAAGGUGCGCAAGGCCGAGGAGGAGCGCCUGCGACAGGAGGCCAAGGAGAGGGAGAAGGAGCGCAUCAUGCAGGAGCACGAGCAGAUCAAGAAGAAGACGGUCCGCGAGCGGCUGGAGCAGAUCAAGAAGACCGAGCUGGGAGCCAAGGCCUUCAAGGAUAUCGACAUCGAGGACCUGGAGGAGCUGGAUCCUGACUUCAUCAUGGCCAAACAGGUGGAGCAGCUGGAGAAGGAGAAGAAGGAGCUUCAGGAGCGUCUGAAGAACCAAGAGAAGAAGAUCGACUACUUUGAGAGGGCGAAACGCCUGGAGGAGAUUCCUCUGAUCAAGAAGGCUUAUGAGGAGCAGCGUGUGAAAGACAUGGAGCUGUGGGAGCUGCAGGAGGAGGAGAGGAUCAGCAACAUGAAGGUGGAGCGGGAGAAGGCUCUGGAGCACAAGAAGCGCAUGUCCCGGAUGAUGGAGGACAAAGAGAACUUCCUGUCCAAGAUCACCGCCGCCCGCAGCUUCAUUUACGAGGAAAAACUGAAAGCCUUCCAGGAGCGCCUGGUGGAAGAGAGGAAGAAGCGUCUGGAAGACAGGAAGCGGCAGCGCAAGGAGGACCGGCGCAAGGCCUACUACUGCCAGAAGGAGGAGGAGGCGCAGCGCAUCCACGAGGAGCAGCUCAAGAAGGAGCGCGAGGAGCGCGAGCGCAUCGAGCAGGAGCAGCGCGAGGAGGAGGAGCGCGAGUACCAGGAGCGCCUCCGCAAGCUGGAGGAGCAGGAGCGGAAGCAGCGCGCCCGCCAGCAGGAGAUCGAGGAGCGAGAGCGGCGCCGGGAGGAGGAGAGGCGGGCCCCGCCGGAGGACAAGGCCAAGGACUGGCCGGAGAAGGAGGAGUCUGGAUGGAGGAAGCGCGGCGACGGCGAGCCGGAGUCGGAGUGGCGCCGCUCUGCGCCUGAGAAGGACUGGAGGCAGGAGGGCCGGGACGACGACCGGGACGACAAGGAGACGCCCUUCAGACGGGGCGACGGUCCUCGCCGCGGCGGAGACGACCGAGGCCCCCGCCGGGGCUUCGACGACGACCGUCCCCCCCGCAGAGGCCUGGACGACGACCGCCCCUUCCGCCGAGGGUUCGACGACGACCGGGGUCCGCGGAGGGGCCUGGACGACGACCGCGGGCCCCGGCGGGGCUUCGACGACCGCGGGCCGCGGCGCGGCUACGACGACGACAGAGGCCCCCGCAGAGGCAUGGACGACAUCCGCGGCUCCCGGCGCGGGGCCGACGACGACUGGGGCCCCCGCAGGGGGGACGACGACCGCGGCGGGCGGAGCCGGAUGGACGACCGCGGCAUGGACGACGCCAAGCCGUGGAAGCCGCUGGGCCGACCCGGUGGCUGGCGCGAGCGUGAGAAAGCUCGAGAGGAGAGCUGGGGGCCGCCGCGCGGCGGCUCGCACAACGACGAGGACGGCGACGACGACGACGACGAGCGGCCCAGCGAGCGCUUCCGGGACCGCCGGCCUCCCAGAGAGGAGGGGGUGUGGCGACGAGGAGGCACGGACGACAGCAGCAGCAGCUGGAGGGACUCCCGCAGGGACGACCGCGUCGACCGCGUCGACCGUGGUGACCGCGAUGACCGCCGUGACGACCGCCGCGACCGUGACGACAUUCGCCGCGGCGACCGCCGGGACAGAGACCGCCGUGACGAUCGCGAGAGCAGAGGCCCGCCCAGAGAGCAGGAAGAGGGAGGCUCGUGGCGCCGCGGAGGCGACGACAAACGCGAGGAGCGCGAGCGGGAGCGGCCGAGGGAGCGAGAGCGCGAGCGCGACCGUGAAGGCGAGGGAGAGAAGGGCUGGCGCGUCGACAAGGACGGCCAGCGCCGCACCAAGAACGAGACGGACGACGACGGCUGGACCACCGUGCGCCGCUGAGCCCCGCCCCGCGACGCUUCCAGAAAUAAUAAAUAUAAAAAACCUAAUAAUCCAGUACUCAAUCAGACAGAUUUGCUACAUUAUUCUCUUCUAACAUGUCGUUUCUUUAAACCUAAAUAUUUGUAGCCAAUAAUAAUCACAAGGUUUUAUUUUGUUUUAGUUUUAGUUUUUUUCUUUUUCUUUUGACUCAUCAAACAAAACGCCCCCUAGUGAACAGACGUGUGCAGAAAGGCCUCGUUCAGACGCGUCCCCGGCCUGGCCUGCGCUCCCGGUGGUUCAUUUAACGGAGUUCCUUCACAACCGAUCAAGCUGUAAAACCUUCAGAGCGAACUCCAGCGCUUCGCCGUCUGCCUCCAUGACGACUCCACUCAGACAGACCGGCGGCGGCUCCGGCUCGCCGCCUCUGCUCCUCACCCGACAUGAGAUGCUGAACUCCUUACAGAAAUGGAAACUUAGCUAAAACGUUUUGAUGUGCAUGCCCCGAGUGUGAAACGGUCUCUCCUGACAUCCAGUGUGUGCUUCUAUCUCCCUGCGGUUGGCGCUGUUGUGCCAGGUUGCAUGUGUACAGAUAAAGCCUUUAUUAAUAAAGAUGACCGGCUGCUCGCCUGCUCCA